AAAACAAAAAAAAAACCCUAAUUUGCAAAAAAAAAAAAAGACUUUUGGAUCUUUUUAUAGAUAUAUAGUAAUUAAUCCUCUUUAGAAAGAGAAAAUGAAGCCUAAAAGCAAAGCCGUCGCCGUCGUGUGGCUCCUCAUUUACCUCUUCCUCGCCGUGAAAGGAACGUCGGGGGAAAAGGGUAUGGAAGUGUAUGAAAUAGAUUAUAGAGGACCGGAGACUCAUAACUCGAGGCCUCCGCCGGAGAACAUGCACGGAAAACCACCUUACAUCCACCACAAAUCCUCAGCCGCCGACCACGACCACCUGGGAGGAAACAAUUAGAGAGAUAUUUGAAGAGAAAAGAAGCAGAAGAAGAGAGAGAAAGUUGUACUAUUUGAUGAAAGAGAAGUAUAUAUAUAUAGAGAGAGAGAGAGUGGGACAGAGUCAAUAUUAUAAUGCGAUGUAAGAUGGUACAGUUUAUUGUUCUGUGGGUAAGAAAUUGCCAGAGCCCUCCAUGCCAUGACCGGUCUUUUCCGUGUCUUUGUCU